UUUUAGAAUUGAAAUAUUAUUGACUGCCAGGCCAUACUGGGAGCAACCUUUCUAUCUGCCCUCAAGUGGUCAUAAUUAAAUGCUCUAUAGGCCUCUAUAGGAGAGCUGUCCGAGAGUCUCAUCCCCCCAUUUAUAAAAUAAAAAGUAGUUGACGGGAAUAAUCGUCGACAGGAUAUUACGUCAUUAUUUUCAAUGAAUAAGCGCAAAACCUGUCAAAUAUGUCAAACUCUGUUUUCCUUUAUCUACAGCAUCUGCCAUGUCAUCGUCAAAGGAAGCUGCAAACUCAAAAGGAUGCAGAUAAAGGGAAUCGUGUAUUGGCGUAUGUGGACUUGUGUGCAUAUUUAUCGACUAAUGCACAAAAACAUUGCCUUUGGUGCCGCUUUCCAGAGCAGGAACUUGGCUUAGUCACGAGUCCCAGGAGACAGCGCAUUUGGUUACUUGUCUGCUGUGCCCCAUUUGUCAGAAAGAGGAAGUUGGCGAUGGUACACUCCAAAGCAGCAGCAGCAACUCUGAUGUGUCUUUUUGCAAUUGCCAAUGGAUCUGAAUAACUUUUUGAAGGUGUUGAUCCCUGUGAUGAUCGCUUCCUGCUUGCUCAUAUGCAUCAUUUGGUUCUUCAUCUACCUGUGCAGUAACGUGAAGUACCGAUACCACAGAGACUCCAAAGACAAAGUGAGCACAUACCAAGAACGGAAGCAGACUACUCCGCCAUUGCCUCCUCGCACCCAGUUCCUGUUGGCAGAGGCCCAGAGCUAUGAGAACAUUACAGAGGUUCCCGAAGUUGAGCACGAGCUUGACAUGGCCGACCUUCUUAAGCAAAGUCAGACUUUGGACCCGAACAACUUUCAGGACUAUGACCAGAUCCCCUAUGAUCAGCUGGACUACGUGGAAGUAGAGGAGCAACCCCAAGAACCGUAUUCUUUGGUUCCAUCGUACGAGGAUGUACCGAAGCUGGCGGAAGAUGCCGCAGAUGACUAUGAUGAUGUCGAAGACAGUAACCAGGACUAUGACGAUGUCAAAUGAGUCUCCGUUUGCGGCAGGGACUGAUGCUAUAUGGAGACCAACGUGCAUUUUUUUUUAAAUGAGGCUUAACUAAAAUGAGGCUUUUUUUUUUGUUCGAGCGUGAGCUGAUGCAACACUGUUAGCGUCACGAAGAGGCUAACGUCUGCCAACGUUUGCUGCUAGCCCGAAGGUUAUCUCUUAUUUUUUUAAAUGUUAGAUACAAGUUGGUUACGGUUAAACAUCAUAUGUUGAGCAAUAAUAAAGAAUGCAACUCCGUUCCCCUCAUCCGGGCUGGAAGUUGUCUUCAAAAAUG